GACCCGCGGCAGUUCAGGCGUCGGAGCUGACCGGGCAAGCGUUGGCGGCGGACAUGACGCCUGGGGACCAGGAGGAGGCCCAGCCGCUCCUGCGGCCGCCGGGCGGCAGCAGCGCUCCCCGCGGCCGCCGCGUCUUCCUCGCCGCCUUCGCCGCUGCUCUGGGCCCACUCAGCUUCGGCUUCGCGCUCGGCUACAGCUCCCCGGCCAUCCCGAGCCUGCGGCGCGCCGCGCCCCCGGCCCUGCGCCUCGACGAUGCCGCCGCCUCCUGGUUCGGGGCCAUCGUGACCCUGGGCGCCGCGGCGGGGGGCGUGCUGGGCGGCUGGCUCGUGGACCGCGCUGGGCGCAAGCUGAGCCUCCUGCUCUGCGCCGUGCCCUUCGUGGCCGGCUUCACCGUCAUCACCGCGGCUCAGAACGUGUGGAUGCUGCUCGGAGGCCGCCUCCUCACCGGCCUGGCCUGCGGCAUUGCCUCGCUAGUGGCCCCGGUCUAUAUCUCUGAAAUUGCCUACCCCGAAGUACGGGGGCUACUCGGCUCCUGUGUGCAGCUGAUGGUCGUCAUAGGCAUCCUCCUAGCCUAUCUGGCAGGCUGGGUCCUCAAGUGGCGCUGGCUGGCUGUGCUGGGCUGUGUGCCCCCCUCCUUCAUGCUGCUGCUCAUGUGCUGCAUGCCUGAGACCCCUCGCUACUUGCUGACUCGGCACAAGCGCCAGGAAGCCGUGGCCGCCAUGCAGUUCCUGUGGGGCUCCGAGCAGGGCUGGGAAGAGCCCCCUGUCGGGGCAGAGCACCAGGGCUUCCACUUGGCCCAGCUGCGGCGUCCUGGCGUCUACAAGCCCUUCAUCAUCGGCAUUUCACUGAUGGCCUUCCAGCAGCUGUCGGGCAUCAACGCUGUCAUGUUCUAUGCAGAGACCAUCUUUGAGAAGGCCAAGUUCAAGGACAGCAGCCUGGCCUCGGUCAUCGUGGGGAUCAUCCAGGUGCUGUUCACGGCCGUAGCGGCCCUCGUCAUGGACAGAGCCGGGCGCAGGCUGCUCCUGGCCUUGUCAGGUGUGGUCAUGGUGUUCAGCACCAGCGCCUUUGGCGCCUACUUCAAGCUGACCCAGGGCAGCCCUGGCAACUCCUCGCACGUGGACCUCUUGGCGCCCGUCUCCAUGGAGCCCGCCAGUGGCAGUGUGGGGCUGGCCUGGCUGGCGGUGGGCAGCAUGUGCCUCUUCAUCGCCGGCUUUGCUGUGGGCUGGGGACCCAUCCCCUGGCUCCUCAUGUCUGAGGUCUUUCCUCCGUACGUCAAGGGCGUGGCCACGGGCGUCUGCGUCCUCACCAACUGGUUCAUGGCCUUUCUCGUGACAA